AUGUUGAAGAUAUGGUCCAUGAAAAAAGAACAAAAGCAGGCCGAGAAUGCAGAAGGCCAAGCAGCCGGGGGGAAGAAGCGAAAGGUUACGGCGGCGCAGCUGCGCGUCCAGAAAGACUUGUCCGAACUGUCGCUGGGCUCGACUAUGAAGACCGAGUUCCCCGACUCGGACGACAUUCUCAACUUUGUCCUGACCAUCGAGCCGGACGAGGGCAUGUACCGCCAGGGCCGGUUCACGUUUGACUUUGCCAUCAACCAGAACUUCCCGCACGAGCCGCCCAAGGUGCGGUGCCGGGAGAAGAUCUACCACCCCAACAUUGAUCUGGAAGGCAAGGUGUGCCUGAACAUUCUGCGGGAGGACUGGAAGCCGGUGCUGAACCUGAACGCGGUGAUAGUUGGGUUGCAGUUUCUUUUCCUGGAGCCCAACGCUUCGGACCCGCUGAACAAGGAGGCAGCCGAGGAUUUGCGGAACCACCGGGAAGGGUUCAAGCGGAAUGUGCGGACGGCGAUGGGAGGAGGAUCCGUCAAGGGCACCUACUACGACCGCGUGCUCAGAUAG